AGAUGUUGCUGCGCCCAAUGGGAAGGCGCUGCCUAGUGUCAGCAAAGUGAUAGAGGCAGUUCCGGUGUUGGUAAAUUACAUUCACCUACCCAGAGCCGUGUCGCUGUUAUUCCUCUCGCAGGAGUUUUAGGCGAGAGCUAAUCAUGUCUGGUCGCGGAAAGCAGGGCGGCAAAGUGCGGGCCAAGGCCAAGUCUCGGUCUUCCCGCGCGGGCCUGCAGUUCCCGGUGGGCCGAGUCCACAGACUGCUGCGCAAAGGUAACUACGCGGAGCGAGUAGGCGCUGGGGCGCCGGUGUACCUGGCGGCGGUGUUGGAGUACCUGACGGCAGAGAUCCUGGAGUUGGCUGGCAAUGCGGCUCGUGACAACAAGAAGACCAGGAUAAUCCCUCGCCACCUGCAACUCGCCAUCCGCAACGACGAGGAGCUAAACAAGCUGCUGGGGAAAGUCACCAUUGCUCAGGGCGGCGUCCUGCCCAACAUCCAGGCCGUGCUGUUGCCCAAGAAGACGGAGAGUCAGAAGGCGAAGAGCAAGUGACCCUGACGCCACCACAGGGGAGCUGGCUUCCCCAGCAAAGGCUCUUUCCAUAGCCACCCCGCAGUAUUUUUCAAUAUACUCGAUGGUCAUGGAAGUCUGCCGCGAUCUACUGGGGAGGUGGGUGGCGAGGGGCCCGCCGAGUCCGGGGCCAAUAAAGUCGGUGAAAAUCGUG